AGGGCUGGCCGAGAACAAGGAUAGAUCGAAAGAUCCUGCUGCAUCUCCAUUCUUUUUACUCGGCAAGGAACCCGAAACUCGGCGACUCUUGGGACUCCACCAACAGCUCAGCUCAGCUACGCCAUAGGGCCCCUCGAUACCCCGCCAAAACCCGCGAAACUUCUACCCAACUCAACAACGCAUUGCAGCAACACCACUUGCAUUCAUCUUACAGAGAUCUUUCUACCUAUACACCUCCCCAUCUCAAGAACGUAAAUUACACAAACCGCCAACAUGGGUCGCCAAUUCUUCAUCGGAGGUAACUUCAAGAUGUACGUAACGAGCCGAGCUUCAAUCACAGAGAUUAUCGACAACCUCAACAAGGCUAAAAUUGAUGAGAACGCUGAGGUUGUCAUCGCUCCUCCUUCCCUCUACCUCCUCCUCGCGCGCGAGCACCUCCGCAAAGGUAUUGAAGUCGCUGCCCAGAACGUCUUCGACAAGCCCAACGGCGCUUUCACUGGCGAGAUUUCCGCACAACAACUGAAGGAGAGCGGCAUCACCUGGACUCUCGUCGGCCACUCUGAGCGAAGAGUUAUCCUCCAGGAAGACGAUGCAUUCGUUGCGAGCAAGACCAAGGCGGCGCUUGACGGUGGCCUAGGUGUCAUUCUUUGCUGCGGAGAGAGCCUUGAGCAGCGUGAGGCAGGAAAGACCAUUGAGGUGGUCACCAACCAGCUCAAGGCCGUUGCGGACAAGGUCAAGGACUGGUCCAAGAUUGUCAUCGCUUACGAGCCUAUCUGGGCUAUUGGCACUGGCAAGGUCGCCACCACCGAGCAGGCACAGGAAGUCCACGCUGCGAUUCGUGAGUGGUUGAAGAAGGACGUUUCCUCCGAAGCCGCUGAGAAGACCCGCAUUCUCUACGGUGGCAGUGUGACAGAGAAGAACAGCCCGGAGCUGGCCAAGCAGGCUGACAUUGACGGCUUCCUUGUUGGCGGUGCCAGCCUGAAGCCCGCUUUCGUCGAUAUCAUCAACUCCAACUCUGCUUGAAUACAUGGUGGGGAAGCUCGUUUGUAGCAACAGGAAUACUUCGGAAUGGAGUUGCUGGACCAAAUGAAAAGGACGUGACUGGGAGGAUCACCACAUAAAUGAUAUAAUGAAGCCAUCACGCAGUAAACGCACCCCACAGAACUUUCGAAUCGUGUGUAUUGAUACAGUGUUGCACACAUUGGUACAUGUUUGUACAUACCUGGCCCAGAAACGCCUUGCAAUGCUCUAUACAAUCAA